GGAUACACAUACACGAAACGGGGCACAGCACACCGGUGGUCGUAUCACUGGAUUUUUAGGUUUCGAGCGAGUAGCAAAGGUUGUAACGUCGCCGGUUUUUAACUGACAAGCUAAUAACUACGCUCUGUACAAGUACAAUAAUUGGCGUUUUGUCUUCUGCUACCUGCCUGAACAUUUAACGGAAUAAUGGCUGACCAGCUGACUGAGGAACAGAUUGCUGAGUUCAAGGAGGCGUUCUCACUGUUUGACAAGGAUGGUGAUGGCACCAUCACCACCAAAGAACUUGGGACUGUAAUGCGUUCUCUUGGGCAGAACCCCACAGAGGCUGAGCUGCAAGACAUGAUCAAUGAGGUGGAUGCAGAUGGUAACGGCACAAUUGACUUUCCUGAGUUCCUGACCAUGAUGGCCCGAAAGAUGAAAGACACAGACAGCGAGGAGGAGAUCAGAGAAGCAUUCAGAGUUUUUGACAAGGAUGGAAAUGGCUACAUCAGCGCAGCAGAGCUGCGGCAUGUCAUGACCAACUUGGGAGAGAAGCUGACUGAUGAGGAGGUGGAUGAAAUGAUACGUGAGGCUGACAUUGAUGGUGAUGGUCAAGUCAAUUAUGAGGAGUUUGUCCAAAUGAUGACUGCAAAGUGAGGGACACCGUUGCUUUUAUCUCCAGGUUGCUUGUCCUCCUGAGAUCACUGUCUAUAUGAGCAAAAAUAAAAAAAUAAUAAAAAGAAAAAAAUAGUAACAAGUAUCAACUGAUAAACUUCCCCAACACAUUAUUAUAUGUAGAGUUCUGCAAUUUGUGCUUCAACACAUCCAACUACUUCUAAGGUAUCUGUUUAGCUGACACCAACAGAAUAAUCCCUAGAGAAGUGAAUGGACCAAGCUUUCAGAGGGCUGAAGUCCCGCUUUCAGACCAAGAUCCUGUUGAGUCACCCAGUUCCUGAUUAUUUUAGAGGGAAGGAUGACACUGAAAAGGGAAAAGCGUUUGGAACCCGUGUGCCAGAUUGUACAGUGAAGUGUUUUUGAGUUCACAUCAGAUUUUCAGCUAUGAAAAUUGUCUCCCAUUCACUAGUGGCAGUUGUUAUUCUUCUAAACUUGAAUUGGGUUCUAGUACUCUUCUUGCAUGCCCCCCCGAGGUGGUUCUGAUUCUGCCAGAGGUAUCGGUCAGAUUGUGUGUGCACUGGAGGUAUAUAUUAUAUAUGAUUACAUACUCGUAGUUAUAUAUCUGUUUAAAAAAGUGUCAAUUAUAGCAAAAGGUGUGGCAUUAAUUGUGGAUGUGUUGCAAGAGAAGAGUUUACUCAGAACAGAGCAGUGUAAAAACGUUUUCCUCUUUUUGGUUGUUACAUUGUUUGGAGUUGCGGGUUUCCAUUUUGCUCGAAGCUCUGAUCAGAAGCACACAUUUUGUUUGGCUUCAGGAUGAUUAUUGUGAAAUCGCUAAAGGUGCAGUGAAAACAUCUCCUCUGCAAUCAAAUAUCAUUAUAGAUGUAAUGCUUUAUAAAUGUGUUAUCAAAUAUUAAUGUAUUAAUGACAAACUUUGGUUACAGAAUAUAUCUCUAUAUAUUAGUGUAUCGUAAAGUUUGCAUUGCUUAUUGUUGUAGUAAAUGACCUGUGACAUGUUUUCCUCUUGGUUUUCGCGAUGUGCCAUAAUACUCUUAAAAA